UUGGCUCAAUGCCUAUUAACCUGACAGGGGAACCGUGAGGAAAGGCUUGGCGCCAAGAUGGAGGAUAAGGGAGCAGUUUCAUAACUCCCGUGUAGGAGGAGCUUGGUUUUCUGGAAGCUCUGUAGAGCUGAGCGUCCGGGCCAAACGGGCGAUAGUGGGAAGAAAUAAAAGGUAAACCAGAGGCUGCAAAGUCUUGUCAAGCCGAGGUAAAAGACGAGGAGUGCGACGCGCGUGGUUUUGUACGCCAAGGACUUGAACCAGGUCGUCCGUUACACUACAAGAGGACUCUGUGUAUAUGCGCGCGCACACCCCCGAAAACACUGAAGAGUAAACCCGCAGCUGUUUGGGAUGUGAAGAUAACCGUAACCCACCUGGUUCAGCGCUGUAACCCGAACCUGAUGCACAACACUGCCUUACCGGCUCGUUUCGCCCUCUGUCAGCACAACACUGAAAACGGUGACCAUGUCUGCGUCGUUACGGGGAUUGUCACGCUGGUGAAGUAGUUUACUAUGUUGUUUGACAACCCUGUGAGGUUUGCUUUUUGAAACGGGGGGGCACGAUACCGGGAAAGGCGGGGCAGAGCCCUGGAAUACGCAGCUCUUCCCUGUGCCGGUUCACUCGCAGCGGGGGAUUUUUAUUUUUUGGGGGGAAGCGGGUACAGGGGGGUCGACGAAGGAGGCAACAACUGGGAUUUGGAAACCUUUCUUUGCAACUCUUUCCCGACUUACCCUGCUGCUGGCGACACGAGCGGCGUUUUGUCAGUUAUUCCUGACACUGUCGUCUGCCCGUAGCACUCCUUUUAGGAACAUAAAUUGAGGUUUGGGACGCAUUUCUUUUUCUUUUGGUGGGGGGGUGGGGGGUGGAUAAUUUUUCCCCAACCGGGGUCGGACUAUGGCGGACGACGACAUUCUCUUUGAAGAUGUGUACGAGCUCUGCGAGGUCAUCGGCAAGGGUCCCUUCAGUGUGGUGAGGAGAUGCAUCAACAGAGAGACGGGGCAGCAGUUUGCUGUCAAAAUCGUGGAUGUGGCCCAGUUCACCUCCAGCCCUGGUCUCAGCACAGAGGAUCUGAAGAGGGAGGCCAGUAUCUGCCACAUGCUGAAGCACCCCCACAUUGUGGAGCUGCUGGAGACCUACAGCUCAGAUGGGAUGCUCUACAUGGUGUUUGAGUUUAUGGAUGGAGCAGACCUGUGUUUUGAGAUCGUGAAGAGGGCAGACGCUGGCUUCGUCUACAGUGAAGCCGUGGCCAGUCACUACAUGAGACAGAUCCUCGAGGCGCUACGCUACUGCCACGACAACAAUGUCAUCCACCGAGAUGUCAAGCCUCACUGCGUGUUGCUGGCAUCUAAAGAGAACUCGGCUCCAGUGAAGCUGGGCGGGUUCGGAGUGGCGAUCCAGCUCGGAGAGUCAGGACUGGUGGCAGGAGGUCGCGUAGGAACUCCCCACUUUAUGGCCCCAGAGGUGGUGAAGAGAGAGCCGUAUGGUAAACCCGUGGACGUGUGGGGCUGUGGCGUUAUCCUCUUCAUCCUCCUCUCGGGGUGUCUCCCUUUUUAUGGCACCAAGGAGCGUCUGUUUGAAGCCAUCUGCAAGGGCAAAUACAAGAUGAAUCCACGCCAGUGGAAUCACAUCUCAGAGAGCGCUAAGGACUUGGUGAGGCGUAUGCUGAUGCUGGAUCCCGCCGAGAGAAUCACAGUCUACGAGGCUCUUAACCACCCCUGGCUCAAGGAGAGGGAUCGGUAUGCCUACAAAAUCCACCUGCCGGAAACCGUGGAGCAGCUGAGAAAGUUCAACGCCAGGAGGAAGCUCAAGGGGGCCGUGCUGGCUGCAGUGUCCAGUCACAAGUUCAACUCCUUCUACGGAGAUCCACCCGAGGAACUCCAAGACUUCUCCGAUGAUCCCACAUCCUCAGGACUGCUAGCAGCAGAACGUGCUGUGUCUCAGGUGUUGGACAGUUUAGAGGAGAUCCACGCUUUGACGGACUGCAGUGAAAAAGAUUUAGAUUUCCUCCACAGUGUUUUCCAGGACCAGCAUCUACACACACUGCUCGAUCUCUACGAUAAGAUCAACACCAAGUCAUCCCCACAGAUCCGAAACCCCCCCAGUGAUGCCGUGCAGAGAGCCAAAGAGAUUUCCUCCCAAGAUGGAGCCUGUGGCGCUUUGAAACUUCUGGAAGAUGUACUGGAAGAGAUCUCUUGCUACCCAGAGAAGCACGAAGCUAAGGAACUCAGACGGAUAGUAACCCAGCCACAUUUCAUGGCAUUGCUGCAGGCCCAUGACGUAGUGGCCCACGAGGUUUACAGUGACGAGGCUCUGCGGGUGACACCUCCACCCACCUCACCCUUCCUGAACGGAGACUCCCCCGAGAGUGCCAACGGAGACAUGGACCUGGAGAACGUCACCAGAGUCCGUCUGGUCCAGUUUCAGAAGAACACAGAUGAGCCAAUGGGUAUCACAUUGAAGAUGAACGAAUCAAACCACUGCAUCGUCGCAAGGAUAAUGCACGGGGGGAUGAUCCACAGACAGGGAACAUUGCAUGUUGGAGAUGAGAUCAGGGAAAUCAACGGCAUCAGUGUGGCCAACCAGACUGUAGAGCAGCUGCAGAAGAUGCUGCGAGAGAUGCGCGGCAGCAUCACUUUCAAAAUAGUACCAAGCUACCGGACGCAGGGCUCAUCCUGUGAGAAUGAGUCCCCCACCACCUCCAGGCAGUCCCCUGCCAAUGGCCACUCCAGCAUUAACAGUUCUAUCUUGGACCUGCCAUCUACCAUCCAGCCCAAGGGUCGACAGAUUGUAUCCAGACCUCCAAUCAAGGACAAAAUGUCAGUGAAGAUCUACGUGAGGGCCCAGUUUGAAUAUGACCCCUCCAAGGAUGAGCUCAUCCCCUGCAAGGAGGCCGGCAUUCGCUUCCGUGUGGGCGACAUCAUCCAGAUCAUAUCCAAGGAUGAUCACAAUUGGUGGCAGGGCAAGCUGGAGAACACUAAAAAUGGCACAGCCGGCCUCAUCCCGUCACCAGAACUACAGGAGUGGCGGGUGGCGUGUAUAGCCAUGGAGAAGACGAAGCAGGAGCAGCAGGCCAGCUGUACCUGGUUUGGCAAGAAGAAGAAGCAGUACAAAGACAAGUAUUUGGCAAAGCACAACGCAGUGUUUGACCAACUAGACCUUGUCACAUAUGAGGAGGUUGUGAAGCUUCCUGCCUUCAAGAGGAAAACACUAGUUUUGUUAGGCGCUCAUGGAGUGGGCAGGAGACAUAUUAAGAACACACUUAUAACCAAACUCCCUGACAGAUUCGCCUACCCCAUCCCACACACAACCAGACCUCCAAAGAAGGAUGAGGAGAACGGCAAGAACUACUACUUCGUUUCCCAUGACCAGAUGAUGCAGGACAUCAGCAACAAUGAGUACUUGGAGUAUGGCAGCCAUGAGGAUGCCAUGUACGGGACGCGCCUGGAAACCAUUCGCAAGAUCCACCAGCAGGGGCUCAUCGCCAUACUGGACGUUGAACCUCAGGCCUUAAAGGUCCUGCGGACGGCCGAGUUUGCCCCGUACGUCGUGUUCAUCGCUGCACCAACCAUCACACCAGGCAUUAAUGAGAUGCCCAGGUGGUGUCGAACACUGCCAGACGAGUCACUCCAGCGGCUGCAGAAAGAGUCGGAGAUCCUGCAGAAGACCUACGCACACUAUUUCGACCAGACCAUCAUCAACAACGAGAUUGAUGAGACCAUCAGGCACCUGGAGGAGGCCAUUGACCUGGUGUGCACCACCAGUCAGUGGGUCCCUGUGUCCUGGGUGUACUGACCCGUAACAUCUCAUCCGCCUUCGCGCUCUCUCCCCCUCUUCCACUUCCCGCCAGCAACACCUCGGCCGUCUUGCCCUCUUCAUAACUACAACACCGACACAGAAGACUCUAAUAACAGAAGCCGACAGGGCAGCCCUCUCUACACUGCACUCGAUCGGAACCGACUCAGCGUACUGUGAAAGCGUAACAGCAUUCAAGCGUCGGACUCUUGCCCUCGCAGAUGACCUAGUCUCAUAGUGUUGUAUAAAAACCGAGUAAAAGUGAAUAUUGUCAUGUCUGUACUAGCUAGGAGGCAACAUUUUUGUAGAUGUUUGUUUUAAAGAGACAGUACUGCGUCCCGUCCUCUCAUGUUGGUGCACCUGCAGUAACCCUCCCAUCACGGCUGUUGGAGGACACUGUCUGCAGAUGCAGUAAAAGCACACACACUGCAAUGUCUUUCAUCUGUAGAUGUUUUUCGUUUUGUUUUUCCCCUCUCCAGCUGUUAGUGCAGUCACACGCACCUUUGGACUACCGGGUACUGUCUCUUCUAAAUAAAUCCAUAAAUGGUUUUAGAGAUUUGAAUGAGGUUAUCAUGCAUGUGGACAUUUGCAAGCUUCCAUGCUGUCAGUCAGUGUUCCCCGUGUCCCUCUGUAAACCCUCCGAGAAUUAAAAGAAGGCAAAAUAUAUAUAUUACCAGAAAGAAAUUAAAAAAAAGAAAACAUUCCAGCUCUUUGGAAAAGUGAGCUCAACCAAAAGGAAAACAAAUGUUAAAAAUAAACCAAGAGUGACUGAGCCAGAUGUUGACUUGACACCUAUGCACAUCCCUUGCAUUUCAGGUGAUGUUUCUAAAUUUCUAGAAUUAUCGACCAUGUAAGUGAGAUGUGUUUGUAUUUAAAAAAAAAACAAAAAAAAACAAGGAAGAAAUCUAAUAAAAGUUUUGAUUUUUUUUUUCUCUUUUUGAUUUAUCGUACACCUAGUUCAGCAUUUGCCAUUUCCAAACUGUGAUGUCCAAGAGUGUGUUUCAAUCCAGUUUAAAAAGCAGCGAUAGAUGAGAUCUGUCUUGAAACUGUAACCGUGUGCAAAGCAAGUGCAAGUGCACGCUUUACUUUGUGCAGAGCUGACGGCUUCAGAGGAUGAGGAGGCCGUGCGUGCCGCUGAAUAACCACAUACAGUAUAUGAAUAUGACUGCCCCUCGGGUGUAAAUGACUCCACAAUGAUGCAGGUUCUUCGGUAUGAACAGUUUUUUUUUUUUGUUUUUUUAAAUAUAUUUCCUUUUAUGUGUUGGAAAAUUAAACUUGAAGUGUCUCUUCAUUUCGUUCUUUUUGCAGCGUCACAUGAAAAGCAUCUCUUCUAAAAUCUGGCAAAGACCUGCUCAGGGUGGUGCUGGACACGCUGUAUGUGUAUCAUUUAGUAUUAAAAGCCACAAAAAUGCACUAAUGUGUG